UAACCAUUUCAGUGUGUAAACCACAGACUGAACAGCAGGAUGGCUUCACAACGCCCCUCAGGAUUACAACAUAAAAAUGAAAGACUAUGACUAAGACAGAACUUAAGGAACAUCUGGAAGAGGCAAAGAAGACUAACAAGCCAGAAGUCACACUGUGAAGCAGCCAAGGCACUGAGCAAGAUGCAUCAUUUUUAAGUGAAAUUAAAAAAGAGCUGGUUUGUGGAAAUAUCAGAUCACUCCUUUUCUUUAUGAAGAAAACCAAUUAGAUAAACUGGCUACGGACUAUCAUUUCAUUAAGCUUCAAGAGUGAUGCUGUUAUAUUAGUGUCACAAAUCUGUGAGGACCAAGAGACUGGAUAUAAAAGAACAAAUUCAAAUCAACUUCCUGUGCCAGCAACAAGACAGUUAUUCACUGAACCACACAUGCAAAGCAUCUAUUGUGGGAGGAAGAGAGAAGGUAAACUGACGUGGUUUGAUUAAACAAAUGAUUACAUGUAUGCGCUCAAUUACACUUUGAAAGCAGGAUUACGCAACAUUUUAAACUGCUUCUUUUGGCUCACCUGUGAAAUUUAUCCAUGUCAUAAGCGUAUCAUUUUUGAUGAAUUUAUGAAUCGUCACGGAACUUCAUGUUUUGGUUCUUUGAUGUUUAAAAGUAUUACAGGACAUUGAUUGACUUGAUUCUGAAGGUCUGAUUUUUCUAAACUGAAGAUGAACAAUUCAAGAAGUAACUGCAAAGAAGAUGGAUUUAAGUACAUGUUAUACAGUACCGUUUUCAGUAUCGUCUUCAUUCUGGGGCUGCUCUUCAACAUGGUGGCAAUGUACAUUUUCGUAUGGAGACUGAAAGUACGUAACGAGACCACAACGUACAUGCUGAACCUCAUAGUGUCGGAUACACUCUUUGUCCUCAGCUUGCCCUUCAGGACAUUUUAUUUCAUCAAUCGACAGUGGCCUUUUGGCAAUGCUCUCUGCAAAAUCUCAGUGGCCCUGUUCUACACCAAUAUGUACGGCAGCAUCCUCUUCCUCACGUGCAUCAGUGUGGACCGUUUCCUGGCAAUUGUUUACCCCUUUGCUUCCAUGACAAUUAGGACCAAGCGCAAUGCCAGAAUAGCCUGCUGUGCCAUCUGGGUGUUCCUGAUCUCAGGAGGAUUACCUGCAGGUUUUCUAAUGGACACCACGUCUUCUCCGAAUGGCACACAAUACUGUUUCGAAAACUACUCUAACUUUCAGUGGCAGUCCCAAGUGUCGAAAGUGGUGGUGUUCAUGGAGAUAAUGGGCUUCUUUAUUCCAUUGCUGAUAAAUUUCAUCUGCUCCAUGAAGGUCCUGCGAACCUUACGGCACCCGGAGAGCCUUAACCGCGGUGGGCAGCUCAACAAGGCCAAGAUUUUGCGCAUGAUUGUGGUGCACUUGUUCAUUUUCUGUUUUUGCUUCAUCCCUUACAAUGUAAACUUGGUGUUCUACACCCUUGUCCGAAGUCAGGUUAUUACAAACUGCACUGUGGAGUCAGUGGUCCGGACUAUUUAUCCAAUCGCAUUCUGCAUUGCGGUGACCAACUGUUGCUUUGAUCCUGUGAUCUAUUAUUUCACUUCCGAGACAAUCCAGAACUCCAUUAAACGGAAGUCUUAUGCUGUCCAUAAAAAUACAAUAAACAAUACAAUUGAUGUUGAUAGUUGCAGAACUGAUUAUGUGACUAAAAUCACAUCUUUACAAGUUAAAUUCAUCAGUGAUGAAUCUACUGUGUGAAUGACACCCAGGCAAUAAAUGCCAGGAAAAAAUUAUGUUCAUACUAUGCCACUUGCAGAAAAUGAUACGCUUUGAACAUUCUUGGUUGUUCAACCAAAACAAGCAAUGGGUUUAGAGCGAAGGAUGCACUGGAUUUAUACACCUGACUGAUGACUGGUGAACUUUCUUUAAAACAAAAUGUAUUAUUUCAUCUUCUUGGCGCCAACUAAUUUGUGUUCACAAUCCAAUCUCAACUCUCAUGGAACAUUUGUCUUAAUGGUUGAUUGAUCUACCAUUUGUAUACAAAUGUGACAUGACAUUAAACAGUAUUUCAAAACCUGCUAGCAGUAUUGCCAAAACUCUAACAGAGAAAGCCUAUGUAAUAAGAGUCCAUUCAGUGUCUAUUCAUUUUGUUUUACACAUAAACCUUCAGUAUUAAUACCCAUUAAAUGUCUCAUUAAACAUCUGGUUUAUGUUUAGUAACAUUCAUAUAAAAUUGUUAGUCCUUCUAUAUGACACUGGGGGCAAAAAAAAAAAAAAAAGUUCCCAUGAGAUGUCUCUCAACAAAAUGUUUGGAUUGUUUUCCGAGUCAAGCCAUGAUUAAAAUAAUAAACAAAUUCCAUUAUAUCCGCUCAGUCCUAAGACAAACAGUGAGAGGAAAAGGGAGCAACCUGUCGCACAGGAUGACAUGACGUUUACUUCUGUCUACCGAUGAUAUCAGUGUUUGUCAUUGUAAGAAAUUAAGCUGAUGACGUAUAAGUCUG